AUCUCACACACGACACAUCUCUCGUUAUCAAUAGAACUUGUCAGCAUUCAACACGAGCGCCAAACGCGCAACACCGUAUUCGAAGCGACAUCCGCUUACGACAACAGGCGCAAUGCCUGGCACUGUGGCCGAUGGGCCAACAGUCUCCCUUUCAUUCGCAAAUAAUUUCUGGGGGUUGCAAGAUGCAGGAACGGGACCAUUACUCGAGCGCAUGUCGGGCGCGAAAGUCACGGGCGAGGAGCUCAAGUCCUUCUACUCAGCGCGAGCGCAAAUCGAAGAGGAAUACGCGAAGAAGCUGCUCAACCUUGCGCGAAAGCCGCUCGGAUCCUGCGAACAAGGGACGCUGCGAAUGUCGUUGGACGUCGUGCGCGGCGAAAUCGAGUCCAUGGCCAAGCAGCAUCAGGUGAUGGCCGCGCAGAUGAAGACCGAGUUGGACGAGCCGCUCGCAGCGUUCGCCGGUGGGAUCAAAGAGAGAAGGAAGAUCAUCCAAGGAUCCGUUGAAAAGCUGUUGAAGACGAAGAACCUGCAGACUGCUGCCGUCAACAAGUCUCGAGACAAAUACGAGCAGGACUGCUUGAAGAUCAAAGGCUACCUCGCGCAAGGCCACAUGGUGAUGGGCCAGGAGGAGCGCAAGAACAAAGCCAAGCUGGAGAAGACGCAAAUUCAGAUGUCGGCGAACAGCAAUGAAUACGAAGCGGCCGUGAAGGUUCUCGAGGAGACAACGGGCAAGUGGAACCGGGAAUGGAAGGCUGCUUGCGACAAAUUCCAGGAUCUGGAGGAGGAGCGCAUCGACUUCUUCAAGAGCAGUCUCUGGAACUUUGCCAACGUCUCCUCAACCGUAUGUGUGAGCGACGAUGCUUCAUGCGAGAAGAUCCGACUAUCCCUGGAGGAUUGCGACGUCGAAAAAGACAUCACCCAGUUCAUCAAAGACCACGGCACCGGGCAAGAGAUCCCAGACCCACCCAAAUAUAUCAACUUCUGCCGAGGCGACAUUGACGACACAGCGUCCGCACACGAGUCUGAUGAUGGAAGCUACUCGGUGGCACAGUUCCAGCGCGCGAUGAACCCGACGUACAGGACUUCCUCCCCACAGCCUAGCACCCUUGAGCCGCACAAUGGUUCAGAUUUGAAUGGCAACCCAAGCCGAAAUUCUCUCCAAGGAGAUGAGAGCUUCAACGUUCGCUCAGCUCGAGACGGUGCAGCGCCGCCUUCAUUGAACCCCAGCCAGACGUCCAACGUCAGCCACAUCGAGGUUCCGCACAAUCCCUACCCUGUGGAUGGAAUGACUCAGUUCUGCCGCACUGGACCACCAUCGGACCGCAGUACGAUUCCAUCGCCAACGCGUCCGGAGAGCCGAGACAGCCAGAGCGAAUACUCCAACCCAGCAUCCUACUCCAGCUUCGAACCGACGAGCGGCUCAGCAUCGCCAACCAAGCAGUACAAUGGAUCAAACAUGUCUCACGCCUCAUCCGUUGAUGAUCAUCAGGUCCAAAAGAAGAAGAGCGGCUUCUUCCAAUCGCACAGUCCCUUCCGCAGGCGAAGCCAAAAGACCAAGGACCCGAUGUCACAAUCAGUAACCGUGACUCCAACAGCACGGAAUACGUGGACGCCAGCGACGGUCCGAUCGGCGAACCCGAGCCCAACCAAGCCGCCGUUCGGCGCAGGCAACAGAGCAAACACAUGGCAACAGCAACCCACUCCUGAUGCUGAGCCCGUAGAUCCUCGUGCAGACUACCAGCUGGGUAUCGGCAACAGUGUCUUUGAUGUCGCGUCGCCAGAUGGCCGCAAACCAGCACCACCAAAGAAGGACACGCCUGCAGAACUCGAUCCAAUCGCUCAAGCCCUGGCUGAAUUGAAAGGUGUGAAGAAGCAAGCCUCUGUACGUCAGUCCGCGGACACGCAUUACGGCAUGGCCAGCCCCGCUCCUGGUGAUGCCAAUGGACGAGGUAUGCCACCCGGUGCAUCGCCUUAUGCCAAUCGUGGGGCGGCGCCUCCAGCCUACGACCAGCCCAUGAGCAGACUGGGCGCGCCACAACCGGCACACACGAGCCGUGAAAUGCAGAAGACGACCGAGCGCUUUGUGAAUCAGAAGCGCGACAUGUUCAAUCCGGGCUCUCAAUCCAGGCCAGGCUCACAGUCCAGACCGGGAAGUAGCAUGGGCAACCGGGUCGAGAUACCUCGAUCAACCAGUCCCAGGCCGUUCGUGAACAAUGACCAGCGACAGCAACUCCCAUACCGAUCGGCAUCGCCCAAUCCUUACGGAGGCCAGCCCGUGAACAGGCCGCGCGCACAAUCAACCAGUCCCAUUAAGCAGCAGCAGCCUGGCUACGGAAGCUACUCGCGCGGAGGCUCCCCGGGCAAUCACAUCCCACGCGCAGCAUCGCCAAACCCUGCUUACAACCCUCGUCCGACGAGCAGCAAUGGAGCGAUGGGCGGCAGCAUGGCGAUGGAGCUCGCUCAGCCCGGCGGCCAGGACCCGUAUGCUCAGCGCGAUGGCCGUCCGCAAAACCAGUACUAUGGCAAUCAGCCUCAGUAUGGCGGUAAGCAGCAGCAGCCAGCGGCCUCAAGGACUAGGAGCCAGAGCGUCGGUGCGCAGAGACAGUAUACCAGGACUGGGCAACCGAUAAUACAUUAUGCACGCGCAAUGUACAUGUAUCAACGAGCUAUCCCGGAGGAAUUGUCGUUUGCAAAGGGUGACAUCCUGGCCGUCACACGGCACCAGGACGAUGGAUGGUGGGAGGCGGAGGUGAUGGGCAAGAAUGAUCCCCCCGGGUUGGUGCCGAGUAAUUACUUGAAGCAGUGUUAAAGGAUAGAUGUAUGCGUAGUUGUCUUUAAAGGGGAUUGGGGGUCAAAGAGUGAGGUUUAGACAAGCCUUGCUGGACAACAAGGGAGGCGCAUUCGGCUUGGUUGGAGUUUGUAGAGUAGAACAGAACGUCCGAGGGCGGGGCUGGUGUGUAUCGUACAGCGCUU